AUGGUCGAAUUCAAGGGCUACGCACUUACCAACACCGACGGGCCUGACGCCUGGAAAUCCCUCGAAGUUGUCUCCUUCGAGCCCAAGAAGUUUGAGGAGGACGACGUCGAGCUCGCCAUCACGCACUGCGGCGUGUGCGGCUCCGACGUGCACAUCCUCCGCCAGGGCUGGGGCAGCGUGCCGUACACGCCCAUCGUCUGCGGCCACGAGGUCGUAGGGAAGGUCACCCGCGUCGGAUCGAAGGUCACGGAAUUCAAGGCCGGCGACCGUGUGGGCCUGGGCGCGGUGGUGGACAGCUGUGGGCACUGCCGCAGGUGCCAGUCGGGCAACGAGCAGUAUUGCCCAGAGGUGACGCAGACUGUGAACGCCCGUCACCGCGACGGAACGCCUGUGCAGGGUGGGUUCGCCACCGCCAUUCGCGCUAAUGAGCGAGCCGUGUUUGCGAUCCCAGACGGGAUUGAGUCCAAGGACGCGGCGUCAAUGUUUUGUGGCGGCGUGACUGUGUUCUCGCCCAUGCGCAGGAGCAACAUCGGGCCAGGGUCGAAGGUUGGCGUGAUCGGUAUAGGAGGCCUCGGGCACUAUGCCAUCCUGUUCGGUAAAGCGCUUGGCGCGGAGGUGUAUGCGUUCACGCAUAGCCCCAGAAAACGCGAGGACGCGAAAAAGCUCGGUGCAGACUUUGUCGUCGACACCGGCGUCGAGGACUUUCAGAAGUCGUAUUUCGACACGCUCGACAUGAUCAUCUCGACCACCAACGUCUUCCGGCCAGGCAUUUCCUUCUCCACGUACACGAGUAUGCUCACCGUCAACGGCAAGUUCGUCAACGUCGGCCUUCCCAACAGCGACCAGGCCAUGCCGCCGCUCCAGGCAUUCGACAUGCUCACGAGCGGAGCCUUCAUCGGUGGCUCGUACGUCGGCAGCAAGACCGACUGCUACGAGAUGUUGAAGGUUGCCGUCGAGAAGGGCGUGAAGCCGUGGAUCCAGGAACUACCUAUGCGGGAUUAUAAGAUUGCUCUCGAGGCGGUACACAACGGGGACGUGCGAUACCGAUACGUGUUGACGCAGGACAUUGUGCCAGUACCGUAG